ACGGCGUUCCUGGGCCUCUACGACACCGGGGUUCUUUGUGGAACCGCUCGAACCGCUUUGUGCAGCGGAACAAAAACAAAGCUGACGAAUAAACAUCAAACCGCGAUACACAGCUGAUGAUUGUGAUGAUGAUGAUGAUGAUCACGUGAUUGACACUCCUGAGCAGCCAAGGCCAGACUGAGCCGCCAAGCUCUCGGAAAAAAGUGUUUCCCGGAGUGAGCGUACUGCGUUGGUCGGCUUUACGUUUAACUCGUGCCAUGUCCUGAAAGUCCGGCGGCCCCGGACCGACCAGGCGACAGCCCCCCUGCACGCUUCUGGGCAGCGCAGUGCGCUCCCGACGACAAGCCCAGUGGUCGAGGGGCCCCGACUCGCAGGGCGGCCCCCCAAGGCGCGGACGAUGAGCAGCGAGCUGGAGCAGACCGAAGCCGAGAUGAAGGGCUGGCUGGCCAAGUGGACCAACUAUCUCAAGGGCUACCAGAAGCGCUGGUUCGUGCUGUCCAACGGCCUGCUCUCGUACUACAGGAACCAGGCCGAGAUGGCGCACACCUGCCGCGGCACCAUCAGCCUGGUGAGCGCGGUGAUCCACACGGAGGACUCGUGCAACUUCGUCAUCUCCAACGGCGGCACGCAGACGUUCCACCUGAAGGCCAGCAACGAGAUCGAGCGCCAGAAGUGGGUCACGGCCCUCGAGCUGGCCAAGGCCAGGGCCGUGCGCAUGAUGGAGUCCGAGGAGGACGAGGAACUGGACAUGCCGAGCCAACUGGACAAGAGCGAGCUGCUCACGGUGCUGCGCCUACUGCACGUCAAGCUGGAGGAUCUGUCCAUGUGCAGCGACCUCAUCGCCAAGCACGGCGCGGCGCUGCAGCGCUCCCUCACGGACCUCGAGCAGCUCGAGGGGGGGCCGGGGCCAGAGGCCGCUGCCCGCGUGCGCGCAGUCAACGAGCGCGCCACCCUCUUCCGCAUCACCUCCACCGCCAUGAUGAAUGCAUGCAGCGAGUAUGUGCAGCUGGCCCAGAGCCAAGGGCGCAAAUGGGUGCGCAUGCUGCAGCACGAGCACGAGCAGUGCCUGCGCCUGCAGGAGAUGGUGGAGCAGCUGGCAAAGCAGCACUCGCACCUCGAGCGAGCCGCCAAGGAGGCUAGCCAGCCAUCCCAGCACAACUCCUCUUCCGCUCACUCCGACGAAGACGAGUUCUUCGACGCCCCUGAGCAUUCUGCGGCCGACUUUGUGGUCUCCAUCCCCAACAAGGGCCACAGGCGGACGGCAAGCGGGCUGAGCCUGGCAAGCGAGGGCGGGGCCUCGCAGAACGCGGCCUCGGACACGGACUCGGAGCAAGAGACCGGCCAGGAGACGGGCGUCAUCAGGCGCCGCACCGCCACUGCCGUCCACGCGGCCCCCCGAGAAGGAGCGGACCCGCCGGGAGACCCUGUGGUGCGGCGGGAGCGGCGCACGCGCGUGCCCGAAAAGCCAAAUUGCAGCCUGUCGCUUUGGUCCAUCAUGAAGAACUGCAUUGGCAAGGAGCUCACAAAGAUACCCAUGCCCGUGAACUUCAACGAGCCGCUGUCGACGCUGCAGCGCCUGACGGAAGACUACGAGUACUCCGAGCUGCUGGACCGUGCGGCCAAGUGCAACGACCCAGCCGUGCAGCUGGUAUAUAUAGCGGCCUUUGCGGUGUCUUCUUACGCGACCACCAGCAACCGAACGGGCAAGCCCUUCAACCCACUGCUGGGAGAGACCUACGAGUGCGACCGCAGGGACGACCUCGGCUGGAGGUCUCUCUCGGAGCAGGUGAGUCACCACCCACCCAUGCUGGCCCAGUACUGCGAGGGCAGGGGCUGGCGCUGCUGGCAGGAGUUCUCCAUGUCCAGCAAGUUCCGGGGAAAGUACCUCCAGGUGGUUCCGCUGGGGGUGGUGCACCUGGAGCUGGGCGGCUGCCACUUCACCUGGCGCAAAGUGACCACCAUCGUGCACAACAUCAUUGUGGGCAAGUUGUGGGUGGACCACCAGGGAGAGAUGGAGCUGCGCAACCACGACUCGGGCCACGCCUGCCACCUCAAGUUCCUGCCCUAUUCAUACUUCUCUCGGGAGCCGCCCCGCAAGGUGACUGGGGUGGUGACGGACCCCGAAGGCACGGCUCUAUGCGUGCUGCAGGGCUCCUGGGACAGCCAGCUGGAGUACGCCCGGGUGGUGGCCAGCCGGGGCUCCGUGCGGGGCAAGGCGCUCCUCGAAUCGGCCACCCCCAAGGUCGUCUGGCGGAGGAACAUGCCCAGCGAGGAGUAUGAGCGCAUGUACAACUUCACGGUGCUGGCGUGCCAGCUGAAUGAGCCGGAACCCGGAGUGGCCCCGACGGACAGCCGGCAGCGCCCGGACCAGCGGCUGAUGGAGGAGGGCCGCUGGGACGAGGCCAACCAGGUCAAGCUGCAGCUCGAGGAGAAACAGCGCGCCACCCGCCGCCAGCGGGAGGCCGAGGCGGAGGCCGCCGCCGCUCAGGGGCGCCCGUACGUGGGCUAUGAGCCGGUGUGGUUCAAGAAGGAGACGGACAGCAUCACGGGCAACCCGAUCCACGUGUACCAGGGACAGUACUGGCUGUGCAAGGAGGAGGGCCGCUGGGACCGCUGCCCGGCCAUCUACCUCUGACACCGCCCGCCCCCCCCACCCCCCCAAGGUGCUCUGGCGGCGGGAAACCCCGCCACCCGUUACGCCCCCGGAAAGAGGAGGACGCUGCUCCUGGACGUUUUUAUUCCGCUGUGGUCGAGGAUUUUACAUUUGCAGGCGUCCGACUAACGUCACCCGAGGGCUUACCGGGCCUCCGAACGAACUGCGCGAAGCAGGGGAGGCAACGUCGUCUGCCUGAAUGCCCGCGAGUCGUAAAGGUCGGGAAGAAAAGGUUAUUUUUGUAGAUGCCGCGGCGAUCGUCCGGGGCCGAUUCGAUCGACGGUUGUGGAGCGAGCAACUUAUAUUCACUGUUUUCUCUCGAUUACAACAAACGAUUAUACACAAAUAAAGGAACAAAUCUCGCUGUGCCGUGAGACGCGUGUGCUGGUUGUCGGGUACUGUCGUGCUGAACGGGCGUCUUUUGAAAAUUGCGAGAGGGGAUCGUUUUCUGUCUGCGAUGUUGGCCGAAGGGUGGUCUUUCUGAAAGGCCGCUCUGUGGCAGAUUGUGGCGGCUUUUUUGUCUGCCUCGAGAAGGGUUGUCUUCGGAGGCCCGGCCCCCUCGGGACGUUGUUGCAAGGCGUUGUUGGGAGUCCGUACUGCUUCUACCAAGAUAUAAUAUUUAAUUGCCGAGAGAGGCGUCCCGACUAUUGCUAAGUUUUGUAUAUUAGGUAGACAGCGAUGGUAUGUACAAAUAAAAUAGCUUCUAAACAUUA